AUGGCGGAAGAACGAGCAAUGGAUAGAGGUGCUUCUGCAGCUUUGAAGAAUCAGGACUUGACGGAUGGUAUUUACGAAGAUGCGAAGACUGAUGCUGCUCGUUUCGGCGCAGCCAAAGAAUCCUCUACUACAGGCUCCAAUGCAGCUUUCAAUGCUGGAGCUGCGUCAGGCACGGACUCGGUCAGUGGCCAGUCUGACGCGACAUCGACGUCUCAAUCCGCGAAGUCGAACUCGGAGUUCCAUGAUGCCGUGCAGAAGGCUGCGGAUAAAGUGUUGGGGAACCAGUAA